AUGAGAACCCCUCCGCCACGCCCAUUCGACCAUCCUUCCUCCUCACCGCGCUCAAUCGUCGCCCUCGUCCCCUUUGCACUCGCUCUACUCGCGGCGGUCUUCUUACUGCUCAAAGCGACGGGACUGACGGGUACGGGAGGAGGACCGAAGAGGGAGUACUAUGAACCGGUGCCGGAGGAGGCGAGCGGCCGCCUCCGCCGCCUCUCUCCUCACGCCCCCUCCACUCCGCGCACCGGCCUCUCCGCCACACUCGAGCGCGCAUGCGGCGAAACCGAACCCCACGUCCCAGCAUGGAUCGACCAUCUCUCUUCCUUGGAGGAGAAUUGUCCGGAUAUGAGUGAGGGGGAGAGGAGGGAGCUGAGGAGGUGGGCGGUGAGGCAGUGUGGAGCUUGGUGUAUCUGGGACCUCUCGACUCCCGAACAAGUGGGCUGGCACCUUGAGUCGCGCUGCUUCAAGCGCUUCGAUAGUCGUGAAGGACCGCAUGUAUGCGACCAGUGGUGGUUUCAGAGACCAAAGGUUGAGCUGGCUGAGGCGCAUCAGGAGGAGAGGAGAGGGAGGGGUAGGGGAGGGACGUAG